ACUUACUUCAAGAAUUCAGAGGGCCCGUGGAAAGCAGCAAUUGAUGCAUUAAGGCGAAGAAACCAGGAGAACAGUCUAGGGCUCCAGCCACUGUUGCUAGGCACAGCUCAACCUCAGUCACGAAAAAGGAAAUGGAAUGCCCAGUUGGUUAUACCUGCAAGCAGUACAAACAGAAAUAGUUUAGAAAAGAACAAGGAAAAGGGCUGUGUUGAUUUGUACAGUACAAGUGUGUCUUUUCCAGUGGAGCAGCUGCAGACCUUUCCUCAGCUCCUACAAAAUAUCCACCGUCUAGAGUUUCCCUCCCAGAUGGGUUCAGUGUUAACAAACCCUUUAUUGCUUCACUAUAUGAAUUGCAUGAAAGAUGAAUCUGUUUACCUGAGGCUCUACUAUUGGAUGAGCCAGACUCUUCAGGAAGAGUGCACCUGGUGUGUGGCUGAUAAUAGCCAAUGCGAAGAGGAAUUCAAGGACUUCCUGGAAACUGUCUACAAGGCAGAGUGUUUCUUGCAGGAGGGAUUUUCUUCUUGUGAAGAGUUCCUGUAUAAAAGCCUUCCUCUCUGGGAUGGCCAGUCCUGCCGAUCACAAGUCCUCAAACUUGUGAGUUGGAUCUCCCUCAGGAGCUUCUCUGAAAUGAAGUCACAACUCUGUGAUCCCCUGGCACAGCUCUUCUUCACAUCAUCCAUUUACUUUAAGUGCAGUGUUCUUGAGAGCCUGAAAGAGCUGCUGCAGAACUCGUUAAUUUGGCACAUGGUUCAUCUGGAUUCAGAGGCUGACUCUCAAGCCCAUUCUUUAAACACCACCCUUUCUGGCCUAGUGAACGUGGUGGCUGAACUGAUCCGCUUUGUUGGAUGGAUCUCCACUGUUGCAUUGCGUUUGGAAAAAAAUUCUACUUUCUUGCUGUACUUCAUUCUGGAUUUCUAUGAGACCGUGUGCGACAUGUAUCUGAAGUACAAUCUGCCUUUGUUGAUAAUGCCUCCUGCUGGAGUUUUCUACCCAGCACUUCUCAGCAUGGAUUCUGUCACCUUGAAUCAGCUCUGCUACAUUAUGUACAGGUAUCGAACCAACUUGGUGGCUGCAAAAGAAAAUGAGCGGAGUAAAAAGAAAAUACUGCAAUUCAAGUUCAGUAGCCAGACAUACCAAGAGUACAACCAGUACAUAAUAGCCAUGGUGGGUUGUCUGUGGACUUCCAGUGCAUUCCAGAAGGAUAAUCAUCCUCAAGGUCUUGGUAUGGAUGAUGAACUGCUGAAGAAAACUGGAGUGCAGGAAUACAAAACCAGCUUUAACAUUGUCUACCACCCAGCCAUGAUGGGCUACGCUCUUUGCUUUCUGCAGCAGGCUUGGCCAGAUGAUACCACCUUCAACUUCAGUUUAAUUAAGGGAAGGAACUGGUAUCUGGAGUAUCUCUAUGCGCAAGGUUUAGAGGGCUUGAAGGUCUUCAUUGAAAGCAGCAUUAAUCGUGUUUCGCAGGCCUCUCACAGUAAAGCUGGGAAUGUGCAAGGGUGA